AUGGCCGCCUCUCCAAUUGACCCUUUUUUGGAGGGCAAGACCGGCAGCAAUGCUCGCGGUUUACUGCGGAUUAUUAUUCUAUUGACCAUUGCCGCUGCCGCCGUGUCCAGUCGAUUGUUCAGUGUCAUCAGAUUCGAAAGUAUAAUCCACGAGUUCGACCCGUGGUUUAAUUUCAGAGCGACAAAAUACUUGGUGCAGAAUGGGUUCUACAGCUUCUGGGACUGGUUUGACGACCGAACAUGGCACCCUCUCGGACGUGUCACUGGCGGCACCUUGUAUCCCGGGUUGAUGGUCACCAGCGGUGUCAUCUACCAUGUCCUGCGCUUCCUGACGAUCCCCGUGGACAUUCGGAAUAUCUGUGUUCUGCUGGCCCCAGGAUUCUCUGGUCUGACAUCGUUGGCGAUGUAUCUCCUCACUCGUGAGAUGACACCCUCUCCCUCUGCAGGUCUUCUUGCAGCGGCUUUCAUGGGCAUCACACCCGGUUACAUCUCCAGAUCGGUUGCGGGAUCCUACGAUAACGAAGCAAUUGCCAUCUUCCUGUUGGUGUUCACCUUCUUCCUCUGGAUUAAGGCAGUCAAGAAUGGUUCGAUCAUGUGGGGAGCGUUGACUGCGCUGUUCUACGGAUACAUGGUUUCUGCUUGGGGUGGAUACGUCUUCAUCACCAACCUGAUCCCACUGCACGUCUUCGUGCUCCUCUGCAUGGGAAGAUACAGCUCCAGACUCUACAUCAGCUAUACCACCUGGUAUGCCCUCGGAACAUUGGCUAGCAUGCAAAUCCCAUUCGUAGGUUUCCUGCCUAUUCGAAACAGCGACCACAUGUCCGCUCUCGGUAUCUUUGGCCUGAUUCAGGUGGUCGCCUUUGUCGAGUUCUUGAGAGGGCAGGUCCCCUCCAGACAGUUCCAGACGCUGCUCACCAGCCUUGUCCUGGUAAUCUUCGGUGUUUCCUUCCUGGGGCUCGUCCUUCUCACUCUGUCCGGAGUUAUUGCUCCUUGGAGCGGUCGUUUCUACUCCCUAUGGGACACGGGUUACGCGAAGAUCCACAUUCCUAUUAUUGCUUCCGUCUCAGAGCACCAGCCUACCGCUUGGCCAGCGUUCUUCUUUGACUUGAACUUUCUGAUCUGGCUCUUCCCCGCCGGUGUCUAUCUCUGUUUCCGUAAGCUGGAGGAUGAGCAUGUGUUCGUCGUCAUCUACUCUGUUUUGGCCAGUUACUUCGCAGGUGUUAUGGUCCGAUUGAUGUUGACCCUGACCCCGAUUGUCUGUGUGGCCGCUGCCAUCGCUUUGUCUCAGAUCCUGGACACCUAUGUGCUUGUCUCCAAGCCCAGUCCCGCCGUGGCAGCAGCCGCUGGCAGCUCAACCUCGGACUCUCUCCGCUCCACGCGAGCACCUUGGGUUGGCAUUCAGUCAACCUUCUCCAAGGUGUUUAUGACGUCUUCCAUAGUGACCUACCUGCUCCUUUUCGUCUCUCACUGCACAUGGGUCACUUCCAACGCAUACUCUUCACCUUCGGUUGUUCUCGCUAGUAGAAUGCCAGAUGGUAGCCAGUUCAUCAUUGACGACUACCGUGAGGCGUACUACUGGCUUCGCCAGAACACCCCGAAUAACGCCAAGAUCAUGUCGUGGUGGGACUACGGCUACCAGAUUGGUGGUAUGGCAGACCGACCAACCCUUGUUGAUAACAACACCUGGAACAACACGCAUAUUGCCACUGUUGGAAAGGCUAUGAGCUCUCGUGAGGAGGUCAGCUACCCUAUCCUCAAGCAGCAUGAUGUCGACUACGUUCUCGUCGUCUUUGGUGGUCUCCUCGGCUACUCCGGCGAUGAUAUCAACAAGUUCCUCUGGAUGGUCCGUAUUGCGGAGGGCAUUUGGCCUGAUGAAGUCCGGGAGCGUGAUUACUUCACUGCUCGCGGCGAGUACCGCGUCGAUGACCAGGCGACCCCGGCCAUGCGUAACAGCUUGAUGUACAAGAUGUCGUACUACAACUUCAACUCCCUCUUCCCCGCCGGCCAAGCCCAGGACCGUGUCCGCGGUGUCCGUCUCCCCGCCGAGGGCCCUCAGCUCACCACGGUCGAGGAAGCCUUCACCAGCGAGAACUGGAUCAUCCGAAUCUACAAGGUCAAGGACCUUGACAACUUGGGCCGCGACCACAACAACGCAGUCGCCUUUGACAAGGGCCACAAGAAGAAGAAAGCUACGAAGAGAAAGGGUCCCCGAGCCUUGCGAGUCGAGUAG